GGUGCAGACGCUGCCAUCUCAGCCGCCGACGACAGGGCCCCCACCCGCCCACCCGCAGCCCAGAGACACACCUUGCCUGCAUGCUGGGGACUGGGCCUGGGGUCCCUGGAGCUGAGGUUUGGGGGAGGGCAGGGGUGAGCCCAGCACCAUUAUUUCCACCUGAUUUUCUCUCCUUGUCUGUCUCUCUCAACUUCUCUCCUUCCAGACACACAGAGUGGGGUCCAGUCGGCUAGCUGGCCUUGAGCUGGACCCUGGGAUGCCCUCCUCUCCCAGCCUGGCCUCCAGCUUUGACUCCUUUGCUGUGCUGUCCUGUCCCAAAGUUGGUACUUGUCUGGUCCAGUAUGGCAUGGACCAGCUUUGGGGAAACCAGCCCAGGCCACGCCCAGGCCAAAAGGGGGACAGAGGCUCUGAGCGUCGCCAGCUACAGGAGACAGUCCUCAUGGCUCAUCGGGGCUGCCGGGUCUGCUUUCAAACGCUCCACCUGGAGGCCACCCAGGGAUGAGGGCUGACCCUGCCUUCUGGCCGCCUUCUCCAAAGGCUGAACUCGAGAAGGUGAGUCCGGGCAGGUGGCUGUGAGCCCAGAGGAGAGUGUCCAUGGCGGACGGGAGAGCACUGUCUCCGUCAGGUGGGAAACAGCGUUGCAGCGGUGCUGGUGCCCCUGACACCACUCUCCGUCCCAAGCCCUGCCCGUUCUGGACUCAUCGAUGCAUCGGGGAGGCUGGUCAGAGUGGUGGGCAGAGGGCGGAGGUCGGAGUUGGGGGGAGGGGUUGCUAGCAAGCCUCAUUCCUAGAGUCCAUGUCGGAGGGAUCCGUGUCCGCACAGGUGGACCACACACAGCCGACCAGUUUCAGGGUCACGCCAGGCCCCUCGGGCGUCGGCUGAGGGCUGUGCGUGUUCUUCAUCCGUCGUCCCCUCUGGUAAAGAAGUCAACUAACUGUUAGCUGACCACGUCGUAGCUUUUGCAGAGAGCUUGGUUUGUGGGUUUGGGGGGACGGAUAAAUGGGGGUGUGGAAAGAGGCACAUGGUGGCUGACUUCUCUGGGGUCUGCCACCCAUGUCUUUGGAGCGGUCUUUUGGGAGAGGUGUAAGAAAGUUCCUGAGCAAGGAGAUUAUUUUUGGGUGGCCGUGGUCAGUCAUGAUACCAUGACCUCCCUAAACUCAGAGGCAGGUGGUGGCCUCUGGAGAAGAGGAGGCUGCGGGUGGGCUGGGCAGACGGGGUUGUGGUACCGCCUGGGCAGAGCGCGGGUCCCACGCCCAGCACGGUGUGGGAGUAGUCAUGGUGCUGGGCCCAGAGAGCCCACGUGGAGAGGGAGAGCUCUGCAGACCUCUGCAGACCAGGCCACGGCCAUCCCCUUGGACCCCAGCAUGGCCACGUGACCAGGACCACGCGCAUGCCCACCCACAUUCAGUGGCCCUUGACGAACCAGCAAAACCCAGGGCCUUAGGCACAGCUCCGGCAUAUCAGUUAGCGUUGCUGGAACUGGCUGUCUGAUGAGCCAGAAGACCCAGAACACAGGGUCUUAUGAUAAGCGGGAGUGGGGUGUUUUCUUCUCUCUUGAACAAUAAACCCAGAAGUAGGCAAUCCUGAGGUGGCACAGUGACUUCAACUGUCAUCAAGAGUCCAGAGUCUUGCCUUUCUGCUUCCUCUGCACAUGGCUUCCCUCUGCAAGUUCACCUCAUGGUCCAAGGGGGCUGCAGGGGUGCCAGUCAUCACGUCUGCAUCAAUGAACAGAUGCAGGGGACAGUGCAGGGGGGCGUGGGUCUUCCCCAGCUAGCUGGUCCCGCAGGACGGAGCCUUCCCAGGAGCACCUCCCAAUAACUUCCUCUCCUGUGCUGUGAGGACGCUUAGCUGCAAGGCCGACAGAUGGCACGUAGCGGAGAGAGCCAAGAAGUUUCAGAAAUGCAACAGGAAAAGGACAUCCACUCACUUGCCAGGGUUAGUGGCAGACUGGACAAAGGUGAGCAGAGACUUGGUCAGUGGUUGAGAAAGGAGAAGGAUCGUUCGCGUGCAGGUCCGAGAGACCGUCGUGGAGGCACAGGGGGUGUGGACUCGCUUCGCACACUGGAGCUUCUGGGGGCCACCACCAAAGCCACAGGACCAGAGCGCAGCCUCCGAAGCCCUCGAGGGGUGGGAAGGGAAAGAUGAAACAGUGAACCUGCCCGGAGGCAGGGGAACGGGGACACGGGGACAGGUGGACGGUCCGCCAGAGCAGGGGAAGGGCCCAGGAGCCCAGCUCCCGGGAGGCACCUGAAGCGGUUGUUCUGAAGCCAGAGGGUGGUUGUCCAGCCGGCGCCAGGACCCUCACCUGCGGCGCACAGCAGCCCGUUCGCGUGCGUGGGUGGCGGCUGGUUGCAGUGAUGUUUCCGUCCGUCCGGGGGAGGGCGGGGGGCCCAGACACACACGCACAAGAUGUAUCCUGCACGAUUCCGUUUACUUAAAGCCCAAAGCAGCGAAGGGAAGCGUCUCCGGUCGUGGAGCUGGGAGGGGUCCCGGCCAGGCUGGGAGUGCCUCUGCACGGGAGGAGCCCACGGAGUGCGGUGGGGCGCUGCCCUCAGGUGCCCAACUAGCCGUUGCAGUAACUGUGACGCCCUGCGUCGUGUUUCAGCCGUUGCUUACGUAAACGUUCUACGUUUCAAGCCGACAUGAAGUUUGGAAAAAGCCCAUGGGAGAAUUUGCAGUGACGCAUGUUCACUACACUUCCUCCUGGCCUCGUUCCCAAUGGCAAAGAAGGCGCCCCGAGCGGUCAGGGACAGAGGCAGGGCACACGCGGAUGAACUGCGGGCUGCCAAGACGGCAGAAGCUUACACGCGGAUGAGCGUGCAACGCCGUCCGCGCCAUGCCGUGCGCUGAAGAGGCCAGGCUGUAUCAUAAUAUGUUUAGUGUGAUUUCCUGCUUGUGAAAAAUGGAUACAAAAAUUUAUACACACGUGCGUGGAGACACGUGGGGAUGUCAGCGGCACGAUGAUGAUUCUGUACAGUUUAUUUUCUAUUGUGUGCUUUCCUUUGUAUUUAUCUGUUUCUAGUUUUUCCUAAAAUGAAAAUAUAUCACUUGCGUAAUAAAAAAUAUUUAAGGGGAUAAGUAAAAAAAGGCCUGUUUCUCAUUUCUCGGAGACGAACCCGGUUGCCAUGGAGACUGGACGGUUGUCAAGACGGCGAUUGGCUGGUGAGGAUGCAGGAUGUGGGACCCCAGGCUUCCUUGGAGCCGGAGCUGACGCAGCUGUCAGACUGCACUGCGGAGCCCGGCGCCAGCAUGGACGGGGUGGACGUGUGGGCCAGCACCCUGGCCCAGCUGAUGGCCAAGAGGAAACCCCAGGACACCUGGGAGCUGGUCCCUGAGGAGAACCUGGCCUCCGGGCACAUGGAGGGCGGAGGUUUUCAGUACCGGCUGAGGGGGCUUUCCAGGCUCCAGUGCGGUCGCUGCCAGUGGGGCUGGUCCUCGGCCCACGUGCACAUCCUCUUCCACACGUGCUUGGAUGAGGACAGCCGCUUGGGGCUGGUGAAGAUGCGCCUCUGGGGCCAGCGGUGCCGGCUGUGCCCGCCGGAUGCCCAGGGAGAGUGCCAGGUGAGUCUGCUGAACGUCCGGCUCUUCCUCAACAAGCUGGUCCUGUUCAUCCUACAGAAGUGCUAUGGGGAGACCCUCAACCCAGACCAGUGCCCUGAGAUCUGCUUUGGCGAACGCUGUGAGGCCUGCGACCUGGGCGUCUGCUUCUUCCAGAAGCCCCCAGACCCGGCCUGGGGCCCCGAGGUCAAGAGCCCCACCACCAUCAAGGGCAGGUACACCUUGUACGGAGGCGGCGACCUGGCCGCCCCCGCUGCCGGCAAGCAGCUGCUCACCCUUGGCAGCGGGCCCGUGGUCGACCGCGCCAGGGGCUACACCCCCAACUCCAUCACCAUCCCCCUGUCCGUGUCCGACUUCAUCAGGAACCCGAUUUCCGAGAGCAGCGACUUCUUCGGCCAGGACGAGGACAUCGUCACCGUCCCCUUCUCCCUCGCGGGUGUGCGUAGGGACAAGGGGCUCACCGCCGGUGCCCAGGGCCGUGUCAGCCCGGGGCCCGGCUCCCUUCCAGCGGCCGACCCCAGCGGGGCGCUCCUCAUCGCCAAGGGCUCCAUCUACCUGCCCGCCGGCUCCGCAGCCACGCCCAAGGGCCGCGGCGUCCCGGUGAACAUCAAGCGCCCCGUCCUCCACGGCAGAGGCCUCGUCAUCGGCAGCAUCAAGCCCUUCGAGCUGAAGGGCUUCAUCUUCAAAGGCCGAGGCUCCAUCUCCAGCCCCACCGACGCGGGGAAGGGCUCUGACGGCAGCACUGCUGGGAGCGGCCCGCGGCCGGUGUCCUACAUCAUUGGCCUCACGGAUGAUGGAGAGGGCUCCAUCACCUUCCCCUCGUCUCUGGCGAACGUCAUCAGAGACGACUCCUUCCCCUACGUCGACGGCUCUGUCACCUUCCCCUUCGUCUUUACUGAUGAAGACAAAAGCAGGAAGGCUCCCGCCAACGCCAGCGAAGGCGAAGAGAAGGACGGCGGGGACGGCCCUGCCCCCGCUGGCCGUGAGCCCCUUCCGGGGACCCGCACCCGGAGACCCGUCACCAUCAGCGAGGGCUCCGUCACCAUCCCCUUCUCUGUCUUCCACAUCAUAAAAUACAAGGGCCCCGGCUCCAUCGCCAGCGGCCGCCGGAGCAGCGGCCUGGCCACGCACGGUCAUGACAAGAAGAGGAGGCAGCCAAGGGCCAGGCUCCGCAGGUCGGGCUCCGAGCCUGGCUGGGAGGAGGACUUCUGCUGGGACGACGGCUGGUGCGCACCGCGCUUCGACCCCUACGAAGAAGUGUGGAUCUGGGUCUCCAUGGCCGUCUGCGUCCUCUGGGUCAUGUACUUGUACAAGUUCAGCCCCUCCUUCUCCUCCAUGUCCUGCUUCCGUGUGUGCUGUCUGGUGACAGGAUUGCANACCAUCAGCGAGGGCUCCGUCACCAUCCCCUUCUCUGUCUUCCACAUCAUAAAAUACAAGGGCCCCGGCUCCAUCGCCAGCGGCCGCCGGAGCAGCGGCCUGGCCACGCACGGUCAUGACAAGAAGAGGAGGCAGCCAAGGGCCAGGCUCCGCAGGUCGGGCUCCGAGCCUGGCUGGGAGGAGGACUUCUGCUGGGACGACGGCUGGUGCGCACCGCGCUUCGACCCCUACGAAGAAGUGUGGAUCUGGGUCUCCAUGGCCGUCUGCGUCCUCUGGGUCAUGUACUUGUACAAGUUCAGCCCCUGACGGCCGGGUGGAGCCUCCCGCCGGGCCCCGUGCCCCCCAGCGGAGCCGCCCAGGCAGCGGAGCGGCGCGACCCCCCGC